AACAAAAAGAAAAGUUAAUUAAAAAAACUCUUUUUUAUAAAAAAUUUAAAUCAAAAAUUCACUAAGAGCAGUUUACGCGCAGGAAAAAGUGAAAAACCUCUAGAGCGUCAUAUAUUCAAGAGAACUGAAGUAGGAAAAGCGUUCCUUUCAAAAAGACUAUUCUUAAUACAAUUUAUGCUUGAGGAACGACACUGAAAGAGAGAGAGAGAGAAUAGAAGGAAAUGUGGAAAUCAACGUUGCUUUUGAUAUUUUUCGGUGCUUACUGUUCGGGUGGACCUUUAGGUUUAAAGAAGAAUAUGCCAAUUAUCCAGCAAAGAGAGAUUCCGGCUGUAAAGGAAAUUGAGACAAGCUCAGCGGAGGUAACAAAUCCCGAUAUGAUGAUAAUUUCUACGCUGAAUUUGCCCAGCAAUGCGACUUCAAUUAGAGCUGAUAUUACAGAUGGAUUCUCGUGCCGGAAUAGAACUUAUGGCUAUUAUGCCGAUGUCGAUAAUGAUUGUCAAAUUUUCCAUGUAUGCUUGCCAGUUAGUUAUGCUGACGGUAAAGAAAGUACUUUUCGCUGGAGCUUUAUCUGUCCCGAAGAAACCGUUUUCAGUCAGGAUUCAUUCACUUGUAUGCGGCCCGAAGACAUGGUUAUAACGUGUGAAGAAUCAUUUCAAUAUUAUGAAUUGAAUCGGAAUUUUGGUGUAGUUGAAAACGAAUUGGAACAAAGUAUUGAAAACGAAUCAAUUAAUUUCGCCGAAAGUCAACAACCUAUUGUUAUAUCACCGAAACCAGAAUCAAAUCUAGAACCACAAGCAAUACAAAUAGCUGACGAAGAAUCUAAACCUGUGAACAUACCAGUUAAAGUACAAAAACCAAAUCGCAGAAAGCCUGGCUCGUCAUUUAUAACACAAAAAAGGCCUAACCACCCUCCUCAGUACCCUUUACGUAAAUUACCACCGGCUCAAGCCGUAAUAAAUGACGCGGCAGCAGAAGUUGAUGCUGCAAACUUGCAUGAGGAAGAACCAAUUAAGUCUGGUACCAUUCAAAAGUUUUCAAGACGUCCUUUACCUUCAACGACACUGAAAGAUAAAACAUCUCCUUCCUAUCCAGAGUCUACAAUCGCUCUUCGAACAGAACUUUACAAUCAAAAACGAAAACGCCCCACCCUGUUUAAUAAAAAAGACACCGUUCUUCCCACGGAUACUGAUACUGCUCUAAUUCCUCAACCACCUCGCAUUGAAAAGCCUAUACAAAACUUUUCCAAAGUGGAAUCUGAAUUGCCACACGUCAAUGCUCCAGCUGAAAUGGCCGACUCGGAUUCAGAAGCCUCGGAAACUAAGGAAAUCUUUGUAAAACCAGCGUUUGCGGAAAUCGCCAAAGCUUCUGAUGGCGUUUUAUUGGUAGAGGAACCGCAAAUUAUUGAGCAUGAAAUCAAUAGUGAAGAAGUUAAAGAAUCACCGCCAAAGGCUAUUGCAAACAUUCCCGUUAUUAUUGCAGAAUCUGAAAACACGAAAGGGAUUGGAGAUUUAGAAUCUAUUAAAGUGGAGAAACAGAAUGAUGAAAGAACUCAGGCUAGUGAAAUUAUUCAAACAGCCAAUGCAAAUUAUAGGCCUGGAGAGAAUUUAGAUGAAGAGCUUAGCCAUACAGGUUCAGCCGAAGGCGCUGAGUAUUUUGGUGAUCAUAUAUCUGAAUUCAUAAGACCUUUACCAGAUACCCGGAUAAAAGAUUCUCUUCAUCCAGCAGAAUCUCCAACCGUAUUAGAUAUUCAAUCUCCAAACGUAUCCGAAGCCGCUGAAGACAUUCAAAUUCCUGAAAAGACUCAAGUAACAAUAGCAACUACAUCUACUGAUGAAAAUCAGCUUAAAACUGCUGAAGAAUCUUCAGUCUCAGCGCAACAACCUUCAAAUGAAAUAGGAGCGGAUGUAAGUUUGGCAACGGUGAGUCAAAAUCAGCCAAUUGCUGAAGACAUUCCGAGUGGCGUAGAGGAACCGCAACCGUCAGAAGAUGCUCAAAUUGUUGAAGAAAUUCCGCAGUCCCUUGAAGAAAUUCGAAUUGACGAGCAAGCUUCUGCGGGACCGACAAGUUUUGAAGAGAAUUCAGAAGAAAGUUCUCCUCCUAUACAAUCCCAAACUGUUGAAGAAAUGGAAGCUGAGAAACCAGAUGAUGCGCCAGAUUCUAUGCCAGCUACGCCAGAGAUGGCUCAGCAAGAUCCUCUAGUUCAGCAAAUGUUUGAAGAAAAAAUUAAUAUAGAUACCAGUAAACAAUCCAUGGCAGGAUUCAAGCCAGCAGAUCCUGUUAUGGCUGCUGAAGCUGAAAAACUGAUCGUUGAUUUUAUUAAUACAUUAAGAAAUGCUGAUACAGAUAUUAAGCAAGUUAGCGAUUCAGCGCAGAUGGAAGAUGAAAUCAGUGAAGUCAUAAAAUCUCAAGAAGAUGAAACAGAUGAUGAAACAGAAGAUGAAACAGAAGUUGAAAAAGUUAUCAAAGAUGAAAGACUCGAUCUUCAAGAGCAUGAAAAUAUUGAUACUUCACAAGAUUUGGAUAAAUCUACCGAAACUGAAAAUGCUCAAGAAAUAAUAAAAAAUGUAAGCACAGCCGAAGUGUCAAUUGAAAACGAUGUACCGCUAAACGAAUCCGAAAUUAGUGAAGAAGAGAAAAUGAAAUCUGAAAUUGAGGCUAAUGCAGAAAUAAUGAGCGAGUCCGGUGAAUCGGUGGCUAUGAACGCUGUACAGGAUCAAAAUUCUGAGGCAGCUUAUAUAGAAUCUGAGCAGAUAGAUCAACAGCAAUCAAAGAUCGAUAAACCUAUAGAGCAAGAAAUACAACAUACACCGAUUGAUGAAGACUCCUCCGUUGCGGAAGAAGAAGAAAUUCGUGAAAAUGAAGUUGCACCCGUGAUUAGUAGUGAAAGUGCUGAAGAAACAGAGAUCGAAUCCGAUGAUAGUCAACCUCAUUUUACUAAUGGUUACAAACCCCUGAGUAUUGAUGAUAUAGUGGAAUUAGUUAAGGAACGUUUAGAUCAUAUGCCCAAAAAUGAAAUGGAGACUCCAAUGCAAUUGGAUCAAGUGUUAAGUAACAUUAACGAAGAAAAAAAAGAAGAAGAAGAAGAAGAAGAAGAUGAGAAAGCACAUGAAAAUAACGCAGAAGAACAAAAACUAAAUUUGGAAAUACAAUCCGAUGAAGAUAUUGUGAUGCCAAUCUAUCAUCGUGUACCAAACGAUCAAACCAUAGCACAAGCGAUGAACGCUGAAUCGAUAAUUACAUUGGAUCAGGCUAAUCAAAAUGAUAAUGGGGGAAGUAUGGAAAGUGAUUUAAACUCCAUAUCCGAAGCUGAUUUGCAAUUAAAAACCAAUCGACCUUAUAGAUCACGAAGUAUGUUAAAACCGAUUUUAGACACACGUAAACGUCGUUUCCUUUUUAAAUCUGAUGCCAGCUAA